AUGCUCUUUAACAUUAUUGCAAUAACUGCUUUGAUUCCAAUCGCAUCAACAGCUCCAAUAACAGCUACUUCUUCUCCUCCAAUUGUUCAAAUUCAAAACGGUUCAAUCCAAGGAGACUACCUUGAAAAAUUUAAUCAAGAUGUGUUUUUAGGUAUUCCUUAUGCUCAACCACCUUUAGGAUCCCUAAGAUUCAAACCACCUCAAAGUUUCAAUGAUAGUUGGAAUGGAACCAAGAUUUUCAAUCAAUAUAGUGAUGCUUGUAUUGCAAGUGGUGCUUCAGAUAAUAAACUUUUACCUCAAUCAGAAAACUGUCUAACUGUUAAUGUUGUUAAACCUCAUGGUGUGGGAAACGAAAAUUUACCUGUUGCUAUUUGGAUUUAUGGUGGUGGGUUUCAAGAUGGCUCAAGUUCAAGACCUGCUUAUAACUUAUCCUAUAUUGUGCAAAAUGGUGUUGAAAUCGGGAAACCUUUUAUUGGUGUUUCUUUCAAUUAUAGGCUAAGUGGACUUGGGUUCUUGGGCGGUCAAGAAGUUGUUAAUAAAGGUUUCACAAAUGUUGGAUUGAGAGAUCAAAUCCAGGCUAUACAUUGGAUUCAUGAAAACAUUCAUCAAUUUGGAGGUGAUUCGGACCAUUUAGUAAUUUGGGGUGAAUCUGCAGGUGCUAUUAGUGUCAGUAAAUUAUUAUCAUCAAAUCAACUUGGUGAUUAUAUCAAAGGUGCAAUCAUUGAAAGUGGUCCUGCAUUAUUCCCAAAUAUUACAAGUGGUGCAAAUGAAGCUCGUCAAAUUGAUUACAACACUUUAUCAACUUAUUUCAACUGUUCGGAAGCUACUGAUAGCCUAGAAUGUCUACAAUAUGUUGAUAUUAAUGAAUUGUUCCAUGUUUUCAACGUUUCUAAUGGUGUGUUACAAACUGGAUUUAGAUACCCUUACAUUGAUGGUGAUAUCAUUCCUAAAUCAUCAUAUCAAAUUCUUUCAGAUGAUCAAUCUUUGAGAGUUCCAUUACUAAUUGGUACAAGUACAGACGAGGGUAGUCAAUUUGUUCCAAAGAACUUGAACACUACUGAAGAGCUCAAAGAGUUCUUGAAAGGGGCUUUCCCAUCUUUAACAGACAGUUCAAUCAAUAAACUUGAUGAAUUGUAUCCAAUAGAUGAUCCCUUAGUAUCAACACCUUUGGAUCCAUCAUCAUAUUCAAAACUUCCAAUUUCUUAUCCUCCAACUUUUGGUGCUCAAUAUCCAAGGCUCGCAACUUUAUAUGGUGAUUUGGUAUUUUUCGGUCAAUCAAGAAUAAUGUCUAAAUUUUAUUCUCAAAAAUCACCAGUUUACAAAUAUAGGUUCAAUAUACCUGACUUAGAAACUUCUAAUCAAAGUUAUUAUGGUGCCGGCCAUUUUCAAGAAGUUGUUUAUGUUUUCGAUAAUGAUCAAGCUCCAAUUGAUACUUCAAGUGGUGCAACAUGGAAUCCAAGCCCAAAAAGUCCAGCAAUUGCAGAAUCAAUCUCCAAGAUCUGGGUUAAUUUCAUAGCCGAUUUGAAUCCAAAUGUUGAUCAAACAAAGAUACCAAUUGAAACUCCAGAAUGGCCUGAAUACAAAGAUGGUGAACAAAAUAUGGUGUUUGAUCUCAAUGGUUUCUAUUUGGAAAAAGAUGAUAAAAGAGCCCAACAAAUUGAGUUCAUCGAGAGCAUU